AUGCCUUCUGCCCCAGCCUCGUCGGCUCCCGAAACGUCAGCAGCUCAAGACUCCUCCAUCGCCUUAGAGGGCACUCUUAACGGGCCUCCGCCGUCAGCGCCCGCCGCUCGAGAGGCUAGUGCGCCUCAGGGGCCUCUGCCCCCCUCAGGCGCGACUGAGGCCUGCUCGCGGCUAACCAAACUGCCAGCUGGCGCAGCCUCUCGUCUCCCCGAAGAUGACGGAGUAGCGGACGGGGAGAACCCAGGGAGAGAGUGCGCGGGGAAGCGUGAGCACGGCGGUCGGGCUGGGUCGCCGCCAAAAACGGGGCGUCACGACUCUCCAGCCUCCCCGCCCACCUUCGACGCCGGGAGCUCGCCAGGGACUGCACCACCUCCCUGCCCAGGAAGACCGAGCAAAAGAGAGACCUCUCCGAAAGCGGCAAGGAUGGCGAGCGCAGAAUCGAGUCAGGAGCCUUCGCUCUCCCCUGGCGAGCUGGCCUCGCCGGCGCCGUCGUCUCCGGCGCGGAGUGAGGGCGCGAAAAGGUGUACACGGCGCGAUGGGGGACGAUCUGCGGUGUCGGGGUCCUCUCAAAGCCGCAAUGCUACGUCACACAGCGAAGCGCCGCGCAGCGCCUCAUCGUCUCCGCCUGACUCGCCUAACUCCAGUCGUCCAUCUGCUUCUUUCCGCCGCCGUUUCUGCAGCGGAAUGACUUCUUCAUCCUCGUCGUCUUCCUCUUCCUGUUCCUCUCCUUCGUCUUCGUCUUCGCCGUCUCCUUCUGUCUCUCCCGCAUCUUCUGCCUCUUCGUCUGCUUCGUUAUCCCCACCUUACGCGCCAGCGUUGCGGGUGGCGGUCUCGUCUCCUCAUUUGCUGCCGGGGGCGCCUGUUGGCGGGGGCCUCUCCUCCCCGUCCUUCGCGACGCCUUCGGGUUCUCUAUCGCCCACUCUGCACGCGACUUCGUCGUCGCCCAAGUCCGUCUCUCAGCGGAUGACGCCCCACCACGUCUGUGGCGGCGGCAGCGGGUCGCCAUCUGCCUCAGUGUCUCCUCUGCACAUCUGCUCGCCUGCGUCGCUUCACUUUCCGGCGUCGCCGAACUCUCCGUCGUCGGGUGCGUCUCAGGGAUUCCCCGCGCUGCCGCGCACCAUCUUGGCCUGCGUGACGUCGCCGCUCUUUGCGCCAACCGCGACGUGCGCGUCGCCACCAGGCAUGCGCCUCCAGUCUCCUCCGCGGCGUCUGUCUCCCAUGGCGCUUUCACCCCGUGCGUUCUCGCCGUCCUGUCUUUCGCCGCCUUCGCUGUCUCCGUCCUGCGUCUCUCCGCAGACCUCGCCCUCGGUCCACCCCAUUAGCGACCUUGAGCUGGACGAUUUCCCGCAUCCCUUCGACGCUCACGCGCGCUCUGCGCUGCCUGGUAGCCCUGGUUCCCCACCGCCAGGUCUCCUCUCCUCCGCGCCCGCGACGUAUCCUCCGUGCGCGAGUGCGGCCGCUGCCGCGGGGCAUCAUCAACGCGGGUCUUCUUUCCCUUCUCACGCGCAUCGUGGGAGCUUCUCGCAUGCCCAUCGCGCUGCGCCGUCGGAGUGCCCUGCCGCUCCGCAUGGGGGGGGAAGCCUGGGCGCGGCGGAUUCAGGCGGUGUUUCGCCAGGCAGUCCGCGUCUUUCCGCGGCGACCGCCUGCACAUGCUGCGGAUGCAGCGAGGCUUGCUACGUCCCGAAUGCGUCGGCGCUGGAGGCGUCUCCGGAGAGCGCGUGGUGCGUCUGUCCCUGUCACAUGCAGAACGCGGCAGUCAAAAUCGAUAUGUGUUCUUUCGGCGCCUCUGCGCACCAUCUGCCGCUGUCUUCCUACUCCACCUCUGCUGAGAAGUUGUGCUCGCCCGGAGGCGCUGCAAGCCCCGGACACCUCAGCCCCUCUGGCGAGCGCAGCCCCCGGCGGCAGGCACUCGCGGGCAAGUCACACGGCUCUCCCUGUCUCCGCCGUCGCCCUUCGCCUGCGCCCGCCGCACGGUCGUGCGUCUCGCCCUCUUCGCCUUCUUCCUCCGUCGCCGCCCCUGUCGAGGCCCCCGCCCGCGCGGAGGCCUUGGCGUCUGCCCUCAGGUCUCCCGCUCUUCGGCACCACGCGCAGGCGCCGCCUCGCGCGGAGAACGCUGAGGAGGCGGAGAAGGCGGGUGGCGGGAGGGAUGGCCAGAGGUCGCCGCGCGGACAGUCUGAAGAAGAAGACAGACGCAGAGCAGCAGGAGAGGAGGGCGAUAGUGCCCUGCUGCGCGCGGCCGCGGCGAACUGCGUGUCUGGCGCGGCCGGCGGCGGAGCAGAAGGAAGAAAGUCGCCGGCAGCUGCGUCCUGGGAAAGGCCGCUGGCGUCUGCCAACGCAGAGCUCCUGGGGGGCGAGCAGAGCUGUGCGGCUUCAGGGGCGGAGGUCUCGGCCGCUGGGGGCGAUCACCACGCGCCAGGCGCGUCGCCGCUGUUGCCUGAGGCUGUCCUCGCUCCUUUCGCGUCGCGCGAGGGCGCGAGUGAACCUGUGGGCUCUCGGACUGAGUCAGACGAGGCUGGAGCGACAGAACUGUCGCCGGUGGCCGGCAACGCAUGCGGCGAUGUGGAAGUGAACAGGAUCGCUUCGAACGGAGGCCUCUCUGUGCUGAGCAAGUUUCGUCUGCCGCCGUCUCCGGCAGGGGCAGCCUACUUAGAGCGUACGCGCCCGCCGACCGAGGAGAGUCACGCACGCAGCGAGCCAGCCUCUGGAAGACGUCCUCCCGCUGCCUCUUCGCCAUCGCCUUCACCUCCUGAGCUCGCAGCCACUGCAGGGGAGACGCCGAGCACCCCAGACUCCGGCCUCCCGCCAGCCGAAGCGCGCGCGCAGGCUCCGAGUUUGUUUGAGAGGCUCCCGCGUGGACUCAUCGCCUGCGGGCGGAGUCCUGGGGUCGAAGGCCCGCCUCCGGCGGAGACGCACGCGACAGAGGAGGAGACAGACAAAGCAGCAAGCGGAGCGGCGCGGAACAGAGAUGACAGAUUUGCCGAAGCUGGCGGCGAGGCGGCAGGUCUCGAGCCUCCGCCUGCGGCGCCAAGUCAGGACACAGGUGACGCUCUAGCAGAGCAAGGGACCUGCGACCCUUGCGAAGAGUACUUCUGCAAGGGAGGUCCGGCGCGGUGGUCGCCGCAGCUUGGCGGCGAGGCGCCGCCGACGCCGCCGACGCCUGACCAUGCCUCCUCGGCGUUUGUCGCGCAUCAGGAAACUACAUGCACGAUCGAAAGUUCAGGGGAACUGGGCGCCGAGAAGGGAGACACAGCUGCUGCCGGAGCGCCGCAAGCAGAGUCCAGCGGCGCCGCAGCCGGCUCUCCGCCAAAAGAGUUUUCCGCGUCGACCUUUCCUCGCGACUGGCGGCCGGCGGGCGACGCCGAGGCGCACGAUGCGCGCGAGCGAGCUGAGGAGGAGUGGGGCAGAGAGGAAGUCGGAGGCGCGGCGACGCUCCGCUCGGCGUUUGAAGGCGAAGACAAGGACGAAGUUGCGAGGCUCGAGAGAGGCGAUCUGUCUGAACCGCAUCUGUCGCUCUCUGGGUCGUAUCGCGACGACCCUUGUGGCGACGAGAGAGAGAGGGGGCUGGACUCUGGGAAGCGUGAGCAAUCGUUCGCCGUGUUUUCGUCCUUGUUUGCGCCGCGGGAGCCGCCAGAAGAAGACCGAACGAACGCCAGCAGCCGCUUGCUCUCGCUGUCGCCGACUCCCCCGGCGUCGCCCGCAGGGGCGGCCACAAACACGGACGAGCUGGUGUACGUACACCUCGACCCGGCCACGGGAGAGCGCAAGGAGUUUUCGGCGGUGUAUUUUCGAAAGUCGAACCGGAUUCGCUACAAGGGCAGCAUGUUCACAAGCGUCCAGUCGUGGGUUCAGUGGGUGGAAACGGGCCACGUCGCCUCUCCGCCGUUCCUUCCUCACUUCCACUGCGCGCGGGAUGUGCACGACGCGGACGGUGACGAAGAGGAGUUGAUCGACGACAACGAAGAAGAGGAGCACGCCAAGCGGCGGCUCGAUGGACGCGCUGAAGGCGAUCACUCGCGCUUCGAUCUGCUCAGUCCGCAGGAGCGGAACGCCGCGUACUCGACGUUCCUGGGGAGCACCGCGAGUCUGCAGUUGCAUUUCACCGAAGACGCCAGCCAAGCGAACCAAGACGAGGGAGAGCGCGCGAACGAAAUGCACGCGGCGUUCCUGUACGAGAGCGACAACGACGCCUUCUGCUUCUCCGCACACGGCCACGACGACGAAGGUGAGCAGGAGUCGAAUUCGAGCGACAGCAGCUCGGGCAGAAGUUCUGAGAGCGAGGAAGAAAAAGACGAAAACGAAGACGAGGGAGCUCCGGUCGCGACCUUCGACAGAGCGACGCGCGAGGCGUCCGCACCGCGCUUCUAUACGGCAGAAAACGACGAAGACGACCAGACAGCCACCACGAGAGGAGAUGCUCAGAGAGUGCUCGCGGCGCGCGAGGACUCUGGGGGGAGGAGAGUCGAGCCGCAACGGGGCGGCGACGCAGACGCGAGCCGCGCUUCCUCUCCGCCAGCAAAAGUCUGUUCCGAGGCGCACCGAAAGGCGAACGCGUCGCCGGCCGCCGCUCAGACUUUCGCCGACUGGGUCGCUUUCCCCGAGUUCAGUGGGAGUUCCGGGGGAGACGCCACGAGCGAUGUGCGAGGCGCCGAGCACGCGGGGAGUGUACGGCGUAACGGGGGAGUCGAACAAGCGCCGGCCGUGGACAGGAGUCCCUUCCACCAGUGCCCUGUAGUCUCUUCCAUGGGUUGGCGCGCGGUGAAUGGGCGCGCAGGCGACAGCGAGGGAGUGCGAGUGGGGAACGCGGACGGACUUCAAGGCGAACACAGACCGGCGAACCGAGCCAAAGAGUUUUGGGAGGCGUCCUUCGAGGCGAAUUACGUGUCUUCUUCCUUCGUGGCGUCAUCGUGCACGCACCCCGACGACGACGUUCAUGGAGAUUCUGCCGAAGAGCCGCUGUCCAACGGGCGCGAUCCCUUCUCCGCGCCUCUCGUCGACCCUUUUGCGUCUUGGAGCGAAGAACCCAGAAAACAGUGA